ACCAUAUCCUCCAUCUCCCCAGCUGUUUUUGAUAAUCAUUAAUCUGUCAAGAAGAGCAAUCACCUAAUCACAAAUAUCACAAAAGAAAAAUCGGGGUGGUUAGUGGUCCCAUUCUGAACGAUUAUCAAAUUAUAAACCAUAAAUAUAGUGUGUGAAAGUCGACUAGUAUUAAAAAGAUAAAAAGUGUGUGGUUAUUAGCAGUGUGAAUUCUCCUUUGUCUCAAUUAUAAAUACAUCUUGGUAGCACGCGAACUUGAAAGCAGAGCUUUCAUCUUUUGUCCCGUUUUGAUCCUUGACUGUAUUUUUAACGUAGCUCAAUCCAAAUGGCGUCUCGAUAAUUGAAACUGAACAUUUGACAAAGACUGAUCACUAAAAGAGUAUUUUUGGACAAUCUUCGUGAUUGUGAAACAAUAAUGGCGAACACAAAAGCAACUAGUAGUGCGUUACGAGCUUUGGCUGUCGAAUACAAGAGUCUGCAAGAGGAGCCCGUGGAAGGUUUUUGUGUGAAACUUGUGAAUGAGGACAAUCUGUUUGAAUGGGAGGUCGCUAUUUUUGGACCUCCUGAUACCUUGUAUAUGGGUGGCUGUUUUAAGGCUAGAAUGAAAUUCCCUCCAGAUUAUCCAUACUCACCACCAUCAAUAAGGUUUUUGACAAAAGUAUGGCAUCCAAAUGUUUAUGAGAAUGGAGACCUUUGCAUCAGUAUUCUCCACCCUCCAGUUGAUGAUCCACAGUCCGGUGAACUACCCUGUGAACGCUGGAACCCCACACAGAAUGUUCGUACCAUUCUGCUUUCUGUUAUUUCUUUGCUCAAUGAGCCAAACACAUUCAGUCCUGCCAAUGUAGAUGCUUCAGUUAUGUACAGGCGUUGGAGGGAAUCUAAGGGCACUGAUAAGGAGUAUGAAAAUAUCAUCAGGAAACAGGCGUUGGACGCCCGUGCCGAAGCAGAGCGUGACGGUCUGAAGGUCCCUUUGACUCUCGAAGAUUACUGCAUCAAAACGCAGGUAAAACCGAACGUAUCGGAGUCCCAGGUCGAAAUGACGGACUUCUAUGACGACGACUACGACGAAGAGUACGAUGAUCCGUCGGACGGCUCCGACUACGCUGAGGAGGAAGAUGAUAACGAUAGCGGUAACGGAGAGUCGUGAUGUAAACGUUAAGGUGCUACGUUCAUGUCCACUCGGCAAGCGAAGUAAGACAGGCUUGAUUCUUACAAAAUGUUCACCAUAUAAAAAUUAGGUAUGCUAGCAUGCAUAAUGGUGGCUGCACAUCGUCACUCAUAUCGACUAAUGUAUCUCGUUUUUCGUGAAUUUACGAGACUACUUUAGAGGGCUAAGAUAGUUCAGGGGAUCAUUGCUCGAAUUUUGUUGUCUCAAAUGGAUUGACCAACUAAUGAUUGAUGGUUGGUUCAUGCUGGUCACGUGCUUUGGAAUCUUGCCUCUAUUUGUUUGAAAAUUUCAUAAUUGUUAUAUGAGAAUUUGAGAUAAGAACUUAGAUGAGAUGUAUGACGAUGUGCGGCACAAUAGGAAUCAGAUUUGAGAUAAAUCGGUGCAUAUGUUAGGUAUGAUGUAACUUAGAUGUUGGAUGUCAUCUAAACCAUAAGAAAAUACAGUUAUGGAGACUGGCUAAAGAACAUUUCAACGAAUUGGAAAUUCCACUAUCAUAAUGCAAUUAUUAACUCAGACGGUAUUUUUGACAGUUUUAGGUCCACAUCUCAUAAUACCUAUAAACUCAUAGUCCAAUGAUAGAGGAAACAUUUAAAUAUCGACAACAUGCGGCAAACAUGUUUAGUUACAGUUUGAAGGUGGGGUUUUUGGCAUAAUUUCUCAGCCAAAGAUUGGCUACUAAAAAUGUUAGUUAAUGGUUACACUGGUGAACAAAAUUAAAAUAAUUUUUUGUGACAUGGACAAAACAAGGUGGUUAUUAUGUAAGACGUACCCAAAAAGCCGGAAAUAGCAUUCGUUGUUAUCACCCACGGUUUUCUUGCAAUAAGGCAUUUUAUUUGCUGCUUAUACUCGUAAAUAUAAGGAUAUGUGUGUAAGAGUACUAAUAAACACUCGAAUAAACAUUAAACUCAAAAUGUUGUUGUCGAUGUUUUACGGCGAUAUCUUGCUCCUGAAGUAUCUCUUAACAAUGUCCAGCAAUAAUCAGCAAGCAAAUUGACACUCCAAAUGGAGUGUCAAGGCAAAUGCCUUGAUACCAUUUUGCCAUAGCAGAAAUGUCUUGGUGGAACCGUUCACCAUGUUCAUCAAUUACGGCACCUAAAUUUUCCGGAAAAAAAUCGAGAUGAGUAUCCAAAAAGUGAAUUUUUAGAUACAUGUUACAUCCCAUUCAUUUAUAAGCAUUAAUUAGUUCACUCACAGUAUCUUUAUAAUUGCCUGCCUUCACAUUGCCUGAAAAAUUUGCAGUAACUGAUUUAAACAAAUAUGCCCUCUUUAAUGUUUGCCUCACUAAGUCUCGGAAGUGUUUGUUUUAAAUGCAGAAACCCUCUUCCAUUUCGAUCCAUAGCUUUCACAAAAUGUUUCAUCAGUCCCAACUUAAUAUGCUAAGGUGGAAGCAACACGUUUUUGGGAUCAACUAGUGGUUCAUGAGCAAUGUUUUUGACGCCUGGAGUUAAUACCUGACGUAGUGGCCACUCCUUCUCUUCAUAAUGACGAUCUCGCACACGACUGUCCCAUUCACAAAGAAAUCAACAAUAUUUGGUAUAUCUCAGUUGCAUUCCAAGAAGAAGGGCUAUUACCUUUAAAUCUGCACAUAUGGCCCAUCCAUAUUCAUUAUAACGGAUAUGUUCUAAGAGAACACGCAUAUUUUCAUAUGAUUCCUUAUAUGAACUGCGUGCUAUAGGUACAGAUGGAUAUUUAUUACCGUUGUGUACCAAUACCGCUUUCAAACUAAGCUUAGAGGAAUCAAUGAACAGGCGCCAAUCAUUUGGAUCAUGUUUCUGACCUCACGCGUCAAACAAACUGUUGACAUCGGAGCAAUAUCUCAACUCCCUUUCUUCACGGAAACAGUGUGUGAGGUCUUGUUGCCGUUUUCGGUAACAAGUAAUGUUAACAUCACCGUGGAGGAGAUUCCAUCCUUUUAAUCUUGACGCUAACAGUUCUGACUGGGAUUUUGACAGAUUUAAUUCUCGAACUAAGUCAUUAAGUUCGCCAUGUGUGAUCAAAUGAGGCGCUGUUGAACAUCCUGGCAGGUCGAACAAAGGAUCAGAAAUUUUUACGCUUUCUGUACCAUCAGUUUCAGAAUCGGUGGAUUCGACUUUUUCAUCCAAAGACCAAGAUUCUGGUGGAACUGGGAAAUAAAGUUCAUCACUAUGCUUAACGGGCCGCAAAGCUGAUGGUAAAUUAAAAUACUUAACAGUAUGUUUCGGUUUUGGUCCAAAUAUUUGUGAGAGAAAAAUAGCAAUCAGUAGUAUGGUAUCUCGGUUCUCUCCAAACCAUUGGUACCGCAAAGGGCAUUUUACGAUUGCCACCUCUUAACCAACCUGUUAACAACGUUACACAAGUCUUACAACAUAUAUGAGGGGCUCAUAUUUGAUUUUGGCCGCCAACUUCAAUUCCAAAAUAAAGUUCGUAUGCACUGUUCGCACUAUUGACAUAAUUUCUGGGCAUUGUCCAUAAAGCUAGUCUCGAUCACAAUAAACUAAAAACAACACACCGUUUUAACAAAAAUUAACAGUACUGAAAACAUCUCAGUACUCUUCAACACAGAAAACGUAACUGACUCGGCUGCCAUUAGUCUACUAAUAAACGCUAUUGCGUAGAGCAUAUUUGCUCUCUAAACAUAGAGCUCGAAUAUAAUAAACAGGAAUAGACAGGUCGUAACAUUAUAUAUGUGCGUCAUUUCAUAAACACCGAGAAAUGCUGCAAUAUGAGAUAUUACGUAUUGUAAUUCAUAAAAGUAGAUGUUAACGAAUAUCUGUGGGUGAUUCUGUUUUUAGAUUUGAUUUGAGGGUCUCAAAAUACAUAAGAUACACCCAAGAAUUGUCAUGUCACAAAUCCCGUGUUUAUCAGUGUUAUUUACAUUAAGUUGGUCUCUCGCAAGACGUCUCCGAGUUGCUGAAAUUGAAUUUUGCAUGUUGGAUAUGUACUAAGUAGCUGCUAAAUCGGUAUUCUAGGGUAGAGCUGGGUCGUUUCUGAACGAGUCGUUUCAAAGGAACGAUAUCACAGAGGGAAUCGAUUCCGAUUCCAGAGGAAAACUGUAAGUUGGACCAAACGAUAAACUGUUUCGAAUUCAAGUCUGAAUGCACUGAUUCCAAUAGAACACUGGAAAUAUAUCAAAGUGUCAAAAAGGCAAGAUUUGCCCACAGCACACAUGCUCUACAGAUAAUAGAUGGCUCGUCAUUGGAAACUAUAAAAUUAAAAGCAGUAUCUGAAUCCACGGAAGCAUAAGUUUCAAGCAUUUGUUAAUAAUCAACCCAGUAGGUGCAGGUUCUGGAAUCGAGACCUCGGAAACGAUAAAUAAAUAAUCUGCUCCCACUGUGUCGUUCCUUUGUAGUGCACACCGAUGAAAUGUUUUAGAAUUGCGGGAAUCGGAAUCGGAAGGAAUGAUUAAGUCGAAAGGAGUCUCUCUAUAUUCAUAUAUCGUAGUAUCAGUAAUGGUGAAUUUUUGUUAGAAUCAAGCAAUUAAGAAUUUUAUACUUCUGCUACUAUGUAUUUUUACUGAAACUUUGCUGAAAAGGCCUUUCCAAGAAAAUUUAAUACACAAUACUAGUGCUGUCAAUUAUGUGUAAUUUUUUAUCCAUUGUUUUGUACUGGCUACAUCUUGAUAUUUUGACUACAUUUAUUACGUAAAGGAUAACUAGUAUAGUUGAUUUUAUUUUUCGUAUGCAGGUUAUUUUGAAUAUAAAAAUAUGUUCAAAUCAACCUUCUGAGCAAUUCCAUUCAUAAGAAAAAAUAUUCCAGACUCAAAAGCAAAAAAAUGUGGCGAUCCUGGCAAAGGCGUCAAAAAAUCAGGCGGUCCAUGUUAAUCAUGUUUUCAGGGAAGGCCUAAUAUGUAAGCAACUUGUGAAUUUUUUUAUAGCUGAGUUUGAGUUGCAGUAGUUAUAAGAUUCUCAUGUAAAAUAUUUUGGCUAACAUUCAAUUAAAUCAGGUGCUUGACAUUACGACAACAACUGCUUACUGUGGAAGCAUGUCAAACUUAAAAUAGGCGCUUCAUAUUAUAUUAUGUCAUUUGAGCAGGCUUUUAAGGUUUUACUGGAUUUACAUGUAAAACCAUAAUCCACACUUGGUCUGCAUUGCAAUCUUUAUUUGAUCUCAUAACUUUUGACAAGAAAACAUGUAUUGUUCUCCCAAUAUUUUGAAUAUGUGGUGUAAAUCCAAGCUUUUGUUCUAAAUGGCAUAGAUUCGACUUACAACAGAAAUUCAAUAAAAUUCGAAUCAAUAGCCUUCAUUUCCAAAAGUCUUUAUUGUACAUUUGCAACUAGUAGUUUUUUGACAUUUUCGGCAUUUUCCAAUAAAAUCUCUAUCUAUGCACAGCUUAUGUCAAACAGAGAGCCUUUAGCUUGAAACCACCCCUAUUCAGAUGUUAAGGUGUGUUCUAAUUUAGUUUAGUGAUCACCUCUUUGUCAAAACUAUAGUAUGAAAAUAUGCAAUGUCAGGAAGCACAUGAUUCUCGAGAAACUGCAUUCAGCUUACCCUAAGUUAGGCUGUUCAGCAAAGCUGUUAUAGUUGGUCUUCUUGACAAAUUAACCUAUGGCAAUGUGCCCGUAUUUUUGGAUUCUAUUUAAUAGUAAAUCACCGCCAGUUUGUUGGAUGCGAUUGUCAAACAAGGAGAUCGGGAACCAGUAUACUUCCUGAUAUUGCUAAGUCAAGACCUGUUCACCGUUUUUGUUGCAUUAAUCAACAAUUGUUAGCCGUUACGCGAACUGUGGAAGAUUAAUAGUGAAUUGAUAUGCUUUUAUAAACUCUUUCGAGUUUGUGCGUAAAUAAAUAACCCAAUGUAUAAGCGUUUCUGAUCGUAGACAUUUUGAUGUGUCGAAUUCUGUAAAAUAUGUAAUUUACAUUUUGAAACAUAUUAGCUGAAAUUACAUGCCUUUUAACGAACGGAAACCAAAUCAUUACUAAUGUACAUACAGAUUACAGUUGAUGUUACGAUGACGUGAUUCUUGUCAUAAGCAAGUCGAAUAUAGGGAUGGAUUUCGAUAUUAUGAGAUAGCUGAUUUAUUCAUUAUAUCCCAGCUUAUGGCAGCAGGUCUGUAUUUAUUGUGAAGUAUGUUGGUCCUAACAAAGGGUUCAGAGAGUGGAUUUUGUAUUGGUCCAUCUUCCAACUUCCAAAGACAACACCCCUAAUUUGACCAGCCUAUAACUUAAGAGCCCGUCACAUUAAGCUGGCUACAGACUAUGCAUGUAUUCGCGAUUCGUGAAGCGCGAUGCAUGACUCGUCUAGUUUGUAGUAAUUCGCAACAGAGUAUACAGACUAUGCUUUUGUUCACGAUUCGUAUGCGCGAUGUUGAUUCAUCCAUGUUCGGUCGCAUUUUCAAGUUGAUUCAUGGAAAUUGGUAUAAACUUAUGCUCUGAGAAAAUAUGGAAGAAGACGAUGAUCUAGCAAUAGCUAGCACUAUUUUUAUAAUCAUGGCACAAAAGAAGAAGUUUUAAAAAAAAUGAAAAAAACGCUGAUGGUGGAGCUUAUCACUGUUCAAAAAUAGAGAAAGGUAAUUAUUGUUAUUCAUUGUUUUUUCAGUUGAGAAGAUAUUCGUUAUUACACCCUUCCUUAUUUACAGAUAUAAUGGCAACGAUCUGCUAAAUGAUUUAUCGCUAGUAAAUUUGAAUAUUUUUGUCGGAUCGCAUCUGCGGAUUUCGAAAUACUCCUACAAUUAAUAAGCCCAUCUAUAACUAAACAGACCACUAGCAUGAGGCGUACCAUUUCUGCUAAAGAACGAUUAGCUGUAACUUUACGAUUCCUUGCUUCUGGCAACAGUUAUCACAGUUUGAGUUAUUUAUUUAAAAUCUCACCGCAGCUCAUAUCCUCCAUCGUGAUUGAAGUAUGUAAAGCACUAAAAAUGGCACUUCGAGACCAAGUAAAGGUAAGGAAUAUGUUUAUUGUUUUUUUAUACAUUUAUGUACUUUUAGAUUCUUGAAAAUUUAUAUAUUAACGAUAUUGCAAAAAAUGUGCAUAGAUCAGGGUGCUUUGCGUAGUUCAUAUAAAUAUUUUAAAGAAGUAAAGAAGUUGUAUUAGAAAAAAAUAUAUUAAUUUUCAUUUAUUUACAUCAUUAACAAAACUUUUAUAAAAUUCAACAAGUGUAGGUGUGCUAGUAGAUGACUGCAACAUUUCUAUUUCAUCCGAAUGUUGCGAGUGUGUUUGUGACUGUGUGCUAUCAGAUUGGGAUGUAAUAAUCAGUGGUUGUAAACAUUGAGGAGGAAGGGGCAAUGAUGGUGAAGAUUGAGGUGAUUCUACAAGAAAUGUAGGGCAGGGGGAUGAUGAAGAAGAAGCGAGCGAGAGGGGAAAGUGAUUCUGAUUGAAGCAUAAAAUGAGGGCGAAUUGAUGUUCGAAACAGUAUAUUAUUUCUACUAAGUGACAUAUAAAUCCGAACACCCAGUUUAAAUGGAUUUAUUUUAAUAAAAUUUUGUAUAAGUACUUAAUGAAGCAUAAUAAGUAAAUGAUAAAAAUUUCAAAAUGAUUGCGCUGCUUUAAAGCCCUUUGACCUUUAAUAAUGUGUGGAUGCACCCUGAUGUGCUACGCAUUUUCCAACGCGCCUAGGCAUGCUUCUGAUCAGGUGGUCAAUGUCCUCC